AUGCAGGCAUCGGAUCGUUAUUUGAGGAUGGAGAGGGCUGUGAGGGAUGAAAUGAAUAUGGAGGAAGAUGCAGACGAGCUUUACGAGAAAGGUGUGGACAAGUUACUGAAGUGGUUGGUGAAUGCUGCGGAGGUAAAAGCAACUGUUCAUGAAAUCACAAAAAGGUUUUUGGAUGCAGCCGCCGAGGAAGCGAGGAACCCAACGACGACGAGCGCACCGGAGAAACUGGAGGGAUGCUACAAUUCUGUGUACAAUGCGAGGUGGAGCCAUGUGGUGGAAGUUUCUGACGGCGAGGGUACGGGAAUGGAGGCGAAGGAGGGGGAACCACAGCAGACAUGGGAUUACAAGAAAGUUGACGACACUCUCAAAAAGGAUGACGGUGUGGAGCAAUCCGGUGCACCGCGUCCCAGGCUGUUGGUUCUCACCUCGGACAAGGCAUGGCCGUACUCGUGGGCGGGGAGUGAACAUAUUUGUGACUGCUAUGUGGACUGUGAGGUGGAUCGAGUGUGGCAGAUCGUCAAGGGCGAUCUAACUAAGUGGUUCAGCAGUCACGGUAAGGCCGUGUUUUCGCCUAAGAAGCGUCUCGUGAUUGGGACGCCCGGGAUCGGGAAGUCAAUGAAUGCCGGCUCGUACCUUUUCUACCGGCUGCUGCAAUACGAUGUGGAGAAACUCCCAAUGGUUGCGUACAUUAUUAAGAAUUCAGUAUACCUGUUUGACAAUACUAAAAAAACGGUAUCAGAUUGCGGGAGCGAGGAGGUUUUCGUGGAUCUUUUGAAAGAUUUCACUCUACGUGGUGUGAAGGGUUAUAUUAUCUACGAUG